CGCGACGACAUGGUGGAAGACACACCCGCUCCGAGCUUGAUCGCCCGCUUCGUUCGCGGAACGCACCUCAGCUGCGCCUGAAGGACGUGUCAACUGCGAUGGCGGUUAUCGGGACGGUGGCGGCGACGCCCCUCAGCGGCGACGAUGACGACGGCGGUGACGAUAGCGAAGACGACGACGGUGACGAUGACGACGACGGUGACGAUGACGACGACGACGACUGUGACGAUGAUGCUGAAAAAUGCGGUGACAACGACGACGACGGUGACGACAACGCGGACAGUGACUACGGACAAGGUGAAGGUGGUGAUGAUGGCUACGAGGGUGACGAAGGCGGCGAUGAUGACUGCGCUAACGAUGAAGUCGUAAAGAUGACUCCGACGACAAAGCAAUGCGCGCGGAAGGCGCUGAUGUUGACGUGUUUCCAUGCACAGAAGGCAACGAUGACUGGGCUUCGCACAGCGCCCACAACACAGCAAAGCAGGUGGCGGGCGAGGAUCGUCAAAAAAGGUCCACUGUAGCGUGGCGAGCAUGACGAUGAUGGUCGCGGAGAACAGCAACCGGG